AGCCCAGCGAGCUAAUUAGCUCGGAACACAACAAAGAUAAGUGAGCCUGGGGAGAGGCCCCCUGAGGGGUCUUUAGAUUCUGGGAAAUGUCUGAUUGGCAGAUGUUAAAAGGGAUUCUUGGGUAAUCCAGUGCAUCAAUGAGCUGCACAAAUUCAGUCCAGGACUGCAGGAAUCCAGGCAUGAGGACAGGGUGCAGGAGGCUCUCACGGGCAGACCAAGAUGGACAGGACUCUGGAGUCUCUGAGACACAUCAUCGCCCAGGUCCUGCCUCACAGAGACCCGGCUGUGGUCUUCAAAGAUUUGAAUGUUGUGUCAAUGUUACAGGAAUUCUGGGAGGGCAAGCAGCAGCAGAAGACUGCAUUCCCCAGUGACAGCCUCGUGCUCUACGAGUCACUGCCAGCACCUGGGCCUCCCUUUGUGAGUUACGUGACCCUCCCAGGAGGAAGCUGUUUUGGCAACUUUCAGUGCUGCUUGAGUAGAGCUGAGGCCCGAAGGGAUGCAGCGAAAGUGGCCCUAAUCAACUCCCUCUUCAAUGAGCUACCCUCACGAAGGAUCACGCAGGAAUUCAUCAUGGAAAGUGUUCAGGAGGCCGUGACCUCCAGCAGCGGCUCACUGGGCGAUGCAGCUGAUCCUAGCACCAGCGUGGGUGCCUACCGCUACAUGCUGGAGUCCAGCCUGGGGAAGACCAUGUUGGAGUUCCAGGAGCUGAUGACCAUUUUCCAACUACUGCACUGGAAUGGAAGUCUAAAGGCUCUUCGUGAGACAAAGUGUUCCCGACAGGAAGUCAUCUCCUACUAUUCCCAGUAUUCCCUGGAUGAAAAGAUGCGCAGCCACAUGGCCCUGGACUGGAUCGCGAGGGAGAGGGAGAUGCCGGGAAUCCUCUCUCAAGAGCUACGAAUGGCCCUGAGGCAGCUGGAAGAAGCCAGGAGAGCAGGACAAGAACUACGGUUUUACAAAGAAAAGAAAGAAAUCCUGAGCCUUGCUCUGACUCAGAUCUACAGGGACCCUGACAGUCCCUCACCCAGUGAUGAGCUGGGCCUCACGGCCCUGUGUGGCCACCACUAGUGAGUUCAGGCCCGGGGACCUGAGCAGUAGUAGAAGCUGGAUGUUGGGGAGCACAGUGAAAGGUCUUCACAGGCUUCAGCACCU